AUGAUCCUCAAAAGUAAACGCGCCCUCAAAGAGACUCCCACUGCCGUCCUUGGCGAAAAGUCGACGAGAGAGCUGAACCCCGGUCACAGAAAGGCCAACGCCCUUGCCCUUGCCGAAGAGGCCAAAGUCCGAGAUCGAGCCUACACCAAACUCGAUACUUGUCACCGUCGUGGUGCGCGCUCGACUGAUCGACAAAGGCGCAGCCCCCGUCAGAAAUAG